CUCAUUGGAGUUUCACUUUCAGUCACUGUGCAGACUCUUACCAGAAAUUCACUUUCAAGAAAAUGUGUCUCAAGUUUUGUCUGUUUUUGUGUGAAAUGAUCUGAGAUCUGAUUUCAGUAUGUCAAAAGGAAACGACCACACUGAGAAGUUCUGUGGAGACAUACAUUUUGUUCUGAUAGGGGCAAACAGAUGGUGUAAGUGUCUGGUAGGAAAUAAAAUUGUUGGGUAUGAUCAUUUCCUGACAGAGCAGUCAACAUCUGAUGAUGAGAUAUCACUGCAGAUAGGAGCCAGAUGGAUUACUGUUAUUCAAGAGUCUCAGGUUGUAAUUCAGAGGUAUAUGGAGACAUCAUCUAGGUGUCCAUGUAUGAUUUUAUUUGUUCUGCAGCGUGAACAUGUUUCUCAGAGGGAUAUGGAAACAUUUGCACGUUUUCAGCAAAAGUUCGGAAAUAAAAUGGAGGAAAACACUGUUGUUGUUCUGGUCAGUAGCGAAGAUAAGACAUCAGUAAGGCCAAACAAAGAAACAGAUGAGAACCUGGAUAGCAUUCUCUAUCAAUGUGGAAGGAAAGUGUAUGUUUUUAAGAAAAAUCUGGAGCAAUGUGACUUAAUAAAACAACUGAUUGCAUGUUGCAAAAGUGCACCUGAGCUUCAAGUACACAAGCAUGAAAGAUCAUCACACAGGACCACACCUGUGGAAAGGGAGAUCUGGAAUCCACCGGAACCAAUGGCACAGCAGCCUAUAUCAGGAGGUAACCAAGCUGCUAUAAAGAAGAAAAACACUUUGACCAUUGUGUUGCUGGGACAGACAGGAAGUGGAAAGAGCGCUACGGGAAACACCAUCCUGAGAAAUCGUCAUUUUGAAUCACGUGCCAGUUCUAUGCCAGUAACACAGGUGUGCAAGAUGGCAGAGGAAACUGUUUGUGGAAUCAAGAUCAGGGUCAUUGACACCCCAGAUUUCUUUGAUGAAGACCUAAAAAACCAACAAGAACAGAUAAAGAAGUGCAAGAAACUCGGGCACCCAGGGCCUGACGUGUAUUUGCUGGUCAUGGAGCUUGGCCGUUACACAGAUGGAGAGAGAGAGAUAGUUCAGAACAUACAGAGAGCGUUUGGUGCGGACGUGGUAAAAGAAACCAUCGUUCUGUUCACUAACAAAGAGAAAUUAAGAGGGAAAACCGUUUCAGAAUACAUUAAAAACACUGACACCCAACUGCAAGAGCUGAUCCGAAUCUGUGGGUCAAGGUGUCAUGCUUUUAACAACAAUGAUGACAAUGUUUCUCAGGUCGAGAGACUAUUAGAGAUGAUUUUGGAAAUGAAGAGGAAAAAUGGAAAUCCGGACAUUUUAGAACACUACUCGUAUUCUAAAGAAUCAGAGAAAAAAGACUGCAGAAUCCAGUAGACACUGGCAAACGAUUCCUGUGAUAGUUGUUCAAAACUGAUUCAUUGUCUUUUGUUAUGUGCUAAUUUCAUUUGAAACUGUUUAGUUAAUUUUUUUUAGUUAAUUUUCAAAUAUAAAGUACAUCAUUAUGUUGCAUGUGAAUACUUUAUAUAUACAAAAUAAAGAUAUUUUCUUUA